GGUCAACCGGGGACCCCUGGCGGUGAUCUGAACGGGGAAAGCCCGGGGGUGCAGGAACUGAAGCCGCGGCUCUCUGCACGAAUUCUCCCUUUGAGGUCAACCCCUGGUUGCCCGAGUUCCCCACAACUCUCCACCGCCGUCCACGCAUCCCCGAGGGCCCCUCUCCUCACCUGCGCUUGCCGCGCCCAGUGCGCCCUGUCCGGCCGCCGCGAUGAGCGAGCUCAACACUAAAACAUCCCCAGCAACUAACCAGGCAUCUGGCCCAGAAGAAAAAGGGAAGGCUGGCAGUGCCAAGAAGGCCGAGGAAGAGGAGGAGAUUGACAUUGACCUAACAGCACCAGAAACGGAGAAAGCUGCCCUUGCCAUUCAGGGCAAGUUCCGGCGAUUCCAGAAAAGGAAAAAAGAUCCCAGCUCGUGAAUGGCUAGCCUUGUCCUUCACCCUGCUAUCUUCUUUCCCUUUCUCCACAGCCCUGACUACUCCUAUGUAUCUUGUCCCUUUGUCUGGUUAGCUUCUCACUGAGGCAAUUUCAACCUUUAUAUAUUCUUUUUUUUCCACCUUGUUAAGCCAUCACAGCAGUAGAGGCACAAGGAAAAUGGAAAAGAUGGUCUUCAGUUGGCAGCCACCUGCCUAAGGGUGGCUCAGUUUCUCCUUGGGUGAAGGCUCUGGAUCAGUACCUGUGCCUGCCCGGUGUGCUUGGAGAACAAAAGGCUUCAGUUUGAGAGGACUAUCCCCCAACCAUGUGUGAAGGGGGGAAAUCUUCCAGGUAGGGUGCCUCAGGGUAGGGCAUAUGCACUGUUCAGCCCCUUAUAACUUCUACACUUUAUGUUACAUUCUUUCCCUUCCACAUCUUUUCCUACCACCAUGUCUAGCCUCUCUCCUAUAACGGAAGCCACCAUGGGGACUAGAGCCUCCCCCCUCAUCCCCCACCCAGCAGACCUAAAUCAAGCAGCUUACCACAUUAGUGCAUGCUCAGUAGAUUAGCGCCUGAGAAGGAAGACUGGGACUGAGGUUUCUUUUAUUAUCUAGUCUAGACUAGAUGACAGCCUAAGGGGCCAUAGGCAAGGGAGUGAAGACUAAGGUAGAUUUAGGGAGGAAAGAAAAGUGAAGAAAGGGGGAGAUCUCUGAAGCUGUAAGUUACUACUGGUAAAUUUGCACUAAGCUUUACUAACCUGCCUACUUCUAAACUCUCCCCCUCCACACACCCCGCAACUCUAGCCAUCCCCAGAAACCACAUAAGCCAAGUGACCCCUGUAGUUCCCACCUGUCUCACUGUGGAGUCAGAGCAGAAAUGGAAUAGCCACUGUCUGUGAUUUUAGCAUGUUUAAUAAUUAUAAUAUAAUAAUAAUAAUAAUAAAACUCCUCAGAUGGGGACAUGGAAAUUCCACUAUUGUUUUAUUCUUGGGAAGAAAAUGAAUGUGAGCCUGAGCUGGCCCUAGGGAGGCUGGAGGAGCAAAUUGCACAAAUUACAUAGUAGCACAGGAAACUAAUGCUGCCUAAGUAAUUUUCAUUUGAAACCAAUCUUACCUCCCUUCUGACCUUGCCCUACCUUGAUGUGCUGCCCAUGUGUGGCUCUCUGCUGCUGUCACCACCCCCAGUGUGCACCUGCAAGCGUGAUUAUCUUCCUGCUCUCCUGUCAGCAAAGAGCAUACUUUGUAUAUAUCCUGCUGAAAACAAACAUAGUCUUCUUUGCUUCCUAUUCCCAAAUGACCUACCCUAGAUUUCCCUCCUGCUACAUUUUCCUCCUACAUAAUCUCCUCUUGUUCCCUUCCCCUCCUCGUACCUUCCCUCUCUCCUCCCUCUUCUCCCCUCCCCUUCAGUGUUAACCAAACUUGAAGAAGAGGAUGAUUUCUAGAGAGCACCAUAGUUACACUGAAGUUUUAAAAUCACAAAGUAAAUAAAAUUAU